ACGUGAAGGCAGAGACUACAGACUAAACGGGGCCCCAACACACGUGACCUAAACUUAGAGGCGACGUCCUGGGGUUUGGUCCAAACUUAUCCAACUGUGCCACAAUUUUUUUCAGCCAUGGCAUCACACCAUUCAUAUUCAUCAAAGUAGUAUCAGGGAAACUGCUUUUGCUGAAAGCAUACAGUACUGGGACUGUAAACGACAAACCCAUCCUAUUUGUUAGGAACUUUAAAAGGAAGCGCUUUGGUUAGCGGCAGUAUUAUUUGGGAAGUCUGGCUGAUUAUCCUUUGUGUUCUCAAGAAAGGAAGUUAAGAUGUCCUGUUGAUAUUGAAUCUUUGAAUCUCCUGCUCAAAACAUUCCGAAUACUGUUAUUGAUUUACUUUUUCACAACAUAAACUUGGACUGCUUUGAAAAAUUCUAAACCAUGUCGUUUGUCCAGAUUGUGUGCGCUCUCAGUGCUAGACUACUCUUCAUUCUUCACUCUUUGAUAGCAGUUGGUCGAGUUAUUUUUGUUAAACAUUCUUGGUAUUCAUUUCUUACACUUCUUAUCCUGCCGCUUGUAAUUGAAAUGGUCAUAACUCUGAAAAGGAGGAGAGGCAAAGAUUACAAAUGGUUUUCUCCAGCAAUCCUACUUUUUCUGAUCAGUGUAAUCCCAUCCAUUUGGAUUUUGGAGGACCACUAUUACCGCUAUGAUAUAAAAGACACUACGAAUCUAACAAGGAAUUGUCAACAACUGGAUGAAUCCAGCAUACCUACAAAUCCAGGAAGUGAGACUGAAGGAAUUCCACACAUUGACAAGGGUCUUCAACUGCUGAACUCCACAUGCUCUGAUGCUUGGAAAUUAGGACUUCACCAGACUUUAUUGUUGACGCUGAUCAUUGGAAAGUGGCUUCUUCCAACUGGAAUUGGCAUCUCCAAAGACCAGUUGUCACAGCUCCUGCUUAUCUUUGUUGGGAUUGCAGCGGAUAUACUUGAAUUCACAAGUGAGACGCUUUCUGAGGACAAAGUCAAGACAAGCACAGUUCUGGUGUAUACGAUUCUUGCUGUAUGGACAUGGAGUAUGUUACAGUUUCCUCUUCAUGUUGCAGUAAUAAACACAGAGUCUUCAGAUGCCUGCCAAAACCCACCAUCUUCAUCGCUGCUGUCCACCCACAUGGCAGACAUAUGCAACAUUAUAAUAAGCCUCUUUAUACACGAUGGUCCAUUCUUUGUAGUGCGCAUGGUGGUGAUGUGCUCAUACGGAGUCAUACACCAGAUGCUGGUGUUCUUCACCAUUAAAAACUGCUUGGUGGUCACACUACAGCUGUACCGCCUAUACGUGAUUAUUGAAGAGUACCAGACUUCUCACUAGAGCAGCAUGAGUAGCAGAGGAACACAGCUUACUUAUUGUUAAUUUCUAAUAUAUGUAUUUAAAAAACUGUAGGGAUGUACACUUUUAAUUGUAUAAUGCAAUUUUUUAAGUGUUGUAAACUUGAAUUUGUGCAUGAUAAAAAUGGAAUUUUACUAUUUUAAUCCAAUAUGAAAGUUGCUUGUUGAACCUGUUACACUCUAAUGAAAGUUUACCAUUGUAGAAGCAUAGUAAAACAUAGUGGACAUGGUAAAGCAGAAAGGUAUGGGGAAUACAAACAGAUACAUAGAAAAAUCAAGACAAUAGUAAAUGCAUGGAAAAAGCAUGGCAGAACUAAAUGAUGGUCUAUAUCAAUUAAACAGUCAAUAGUGGGGGCUCCCGAGUGGCGCAUCCGGUAAAGGCGCUCCGCGUAGAGUGCAGGAUGUGCUCUAUAGUCUGGACGUCACCGGUUCAAGUCCAAGCUAUUCCACAGCAGACCGUGGACGGGAGCUCCCAGGGGGCGGCACACAAUUGGCCGAGCGUCGCCCGGGGGGAGGGAGGGUUAGGUCGGCCAGGGUGUCCUCGGCUCACUGUGCACCAGCGACCCCUGUAGUCUGGCCGGGCACCUGUGGGCUUGCCCGUAAGCUGCCCGAGAGUUGCGUUGUCCUCCGACGCUGUAGCUCUUGGGUGGCUGCAUGGUGAGUCCACAGUUUGAAAAAAAGCGAUUGGCUGACGGCACACACUUCAGAGGACAGCAUGUAUUCGUCUUCACCCUCCCGAGUCAGCGCAGGGGUGGUAGCGGUGAGCUGAGCCUAAAAAUAAUUGGCCAUUCCAAAUUGGGAGAAAAUAAUAAUUAAAAAAAUAAUUGGCAACGACUAAAUUAUUCAAAAAAGAAAUAGUAAAGCUGGAGGUGUUUAUACUGUUGUUUCUGAUGUAUUGGUGCCAUCUACUCAUUUCAAUAUUUGUAUGCUGAUAAAUUUCAAUAAAGACCACCAAUGUAAGCAGCAGUCUUUUGGGUGAAGCUUUAUAUUGAAGCACUUUGUUAUUAAACCUAGUACAGUAACUUAAGAGUAGCUAGUUGGGGCUCCCGAGUAGCGCAUCCAGUAAAAGCACUCGCUAGAGUGCAGGAUGCGCCCUAUAGCCUGGACGUCGCCGGUUCGAGUCCAGGCUAUUCCACAGUCGACCGUGGACGGGAGCUUCCAGGGGGCGGCGCUCAAUUGGCCGAGCAUCAUCCAGGGGGAGGGAGGGUUAGGUCGGCCAGGGUGUCCUCGGCUCACCGCGCACCAGUGACCCCUGUAGUCUGGCCGGGCGCCUGCGGGCUUGCCUGUAAGCUGCCCAGAGCUGCGUUGUCCUCCGACGCUGUAGCUCUGAGGCGGCUGCACGGUGAGUCUGCAGAGUGUAAAGAAGCGGGCGGCUGACGGCACACGCUUCGGAGGACAGCGUGUGUUCAUCUUCGCCCCUCCCGAGUCAGCGCAGGGGUGGUAGCGGUGAGCUGAGCCUAAAAAUAAUUGGGCAUUUCAAAUUGGGGAGAAAAUAAUAAAAACUGAUUGGCAACGACUAAAUUAAAAAAAAAAAAAAAGUAGCUACUUUCAAAUAUCUUCCCCUUCCUAUUUUAUGAGAUUUGAUUUCAUUCUGAGCAGCUCUGGGUUCUGUUUCUCCAAUAUUGAGCUAUUAUCAUUUUCUCUAAAUCUGCCUUUCCCUGGCUUUGAGUCUGAUUGGAGAAUCCUAAAUGGCAAGACCCUUCCUCUGUCAGACCUACAUACUCUAUCUGUCUAGGUACAUAUUUGUAGAGUAGCUGGACCUAGUUGAAAUGUGAUUAUGCACCAUGGCAACAUGAAAAUUAAUUGCUACUUGGUUUGAGGGCCCACCCAUAACAGAUUAGAGAGACCAAGGGGUAUUUUAACUAAGGGGGAGGCAGAGGGAGUAGAAUGAAUCAAACACAAAGAGAGCUCAAUUGUUUAUUUUUGUUCUCUAAUUAGUGCAAUUUAUAUGGUGUAAUGUUUAUAGGGGGUAAUCCUUCCUCCUGAAUCUAAGUUUCAAAUCUUCAUUAAAAAAUUUUAACAUGGAACAUACUUAAUUAUGAAUCUCUUUGUAAUUACAAGUUUGUGCUCAGUAAUAUAAAGAGCAUUCAUAUAAAGAGCAUUCAUUUGCUCAAAUAUGUAUGCAUUUUCGGGCCAGGUACCAAAAAACAAAUCAGACAAAGCUGUGAUCUUUUUUUACAUUUUCUUAGAGUGACCAAUUAUUAUUUAAUGUCCAAUUAUGUUUUUUCUCCUCACCAUAGCGGGUCCCCACACAGCACAGAUUCUGAGGGCGUGUCUCACAAUCCUAAAGCUAGAAUCGUUUUUACGCAGAGCAAUACAGAGCAGAGAUGGGUGGGCUAACGAUCCCGGAGAACAGAGAUCAGCCCUGCUUUUUAUCCACUGUGAAUGUGCUCGGUGUCUGGACAGUAGGAUUCGCUGUUGCACAAUGAGGAGGAGUCGUUGUCGGUUUCAUAUCCCCCACCCUGCAUCAGAGCCAAUGUGACGCCCCCUUCAGAGUCCCUCUUAGCUUGGCCUCUUAGCACAGCCCGGACACAAACCGGCGCCGACCCCGAAGCUGUGAUCUUUAAUUGAAUUUUCUGUCAGCAGUGAAGUAGUUAAACAAUGCUAAAGUUAUGUAGUUCCUGGUUGCAGGGAAUAGAACAUUUUGAACUGAACCAAAGAACUGAUGCUUAUCUGGUUCAACUUGAAAAAAUAAUGUCUCAGCAUAGG